CGAGCAAAGGUUGUGGCGGCAACCGGGACAAGCGGUCGCUUUCCAUCGUUGCUUGUCCUUCUCCUCUCCGCCCAUGGCUUCUCCUGCUUCCUCCUAAUUCUAAUCUUCCCCCUUCCAAAUCCCCGCUUCCUCCUCGCGUCUCCCUCCUCACCACCCCAACAACGACGGCGCGCCACUCACGACUUCCUUAGGAUGAUCUCCAAGCUGUCCGUCUCCUGCACCACCUUCAACAUCCUCGCACCCAUUUACAAGCGCCUUAGCGAGAAGGAUCAGAGUUGCCGAGAGAGCCAGUACAGGGGCUACUGGCUGAGCCGGAAUGAGCGAAUCAUCGACCGCCUCCUGGGAGACCGGUCCUCCAUCAUUUGCCUUCAGGAGGUAUGGAUGGGGAACGAGGAGCUGGUGGAUAUGUACGAGAAGAGGCUUGGAGAUGCUGGGUAUAUCAGCUUCAAGCUUCCUCGGACAAACAACCGCGGCGAUGGGCUCCUCACUGCUGUUCGGAGAGACUGUUUUACGAUUAUAGACUAUCGUGAGAUGCUCUUUAAUGAUUUGGGAGACCGUGUUGCGCAGCUACUACGUGUUGAAUCAGUUGUUCCUUUAUGGCAAGGGUGUAGUAACAGCAUAAAUGUGCAAAUCAUUAUCGUAAAUACACAUUUGCUAUUUCCACACGAUGCUAGUCUCUGUAUAGUCCGCUUGCAACAGGUAUACAAGAUACUUCAGUCCAUCGAGACAUAUCAAAAGGAGAACGAUCUUAGUCCUAUUCCUAUCAUACUUUGUGGAGAUUGGAACGGAAGCAAACGAGGUCAAGUAUACAAGUUUCUCAUAUCACAAGGUUUUGUGUCAUCGUACGAUGCAGCUCACCAUUAUACCGACAGCGAUGCUGAUUGCCACAGGUGGGUGAGCCACCGUAACCAUCACGGGAACAUUUGCGGUGUUGAUUUUAUAUGGCUUUUAAAUCCGAACAACUCUAGGAAACCUCUUCGAACUAGCUGGAAAGAAUCAGUCUUUGCCAUUAUUAAGUAUCUUUUGCAAGCGGCUUCUCUUUCUGAAGAAAAUGCCUUUGCUUUUCUUAAAGCCGACAGUCCUGGUGACUACAUUACCUAUCCCGGGUUCUGUCAGGCACUCCACCAGUUAGGUCUGACUGGUCAUCGCGAUGGCCUUAUUCCUGAAGAUGCAAAAGACUUGUGGACUGAAGCUGACAUUGAUGGAAAUGGUAUGGUGGAUCAUGAAGAAUUUCAGCAGCGAAUUUGGUGUCCAAGUCCAAGAUGGUCAGAGCAUCCUCAGGAAAGCAUAGAGCUGGGAACCGAGUGGGGAUCAAACACCGCAAAGCCUGUUGCAUUAGGAUUCAGUGUUAAAGAUGCAGUUCUGUUUCCGCCGGAAGUUGAGGAGGGGAUGUGGCCGGAGAAUUACUCGCUUUCGGACCAUGCACCAUUAACUGUGGUGUUUUCUCCUGUGAAUUUGUCAUUUUCUCCACAAAGUUUCUGAACUUCUGAUGAAUUUGCUGAGCAGUUCUUGAAAAUGCUGAUGCAGCUGAAGGAAAUUUUGCUUCUUGAGUGAUCUUUUUUGUUGUUGAUCUUGUUUUUGCUCAAAUUAAUAUUUUUGUGUGAAAAUAUCAGUGAAAAGGUCAAAAAUUCAGUUCUCAAUUUUUUUUUAUCAUAUCUUUGUACUUGUAAAAAUAUACAUAUUAUUCGUGUGCCUGUAAUAAAUUUUCCAUGAUAAAAGAAAUGUAUCCAUAUUUUUUAUUGAUAA